AUGCAAGCACUGAAGAAGUUUAAGUUUCAGAGUGCUAAUAUCCAAUUGGAUAUGUGCAUUGACCUUGAAAAAUACCAAUUGCUUCUCACCCUGCUGCUGGCUGUGGAGGAGAUCAACAAGAAUCCCCAUCUGCUACCGAACAUGACUCUGGGGUUUGAGAUCUAUACAGCACAUUACUCAGGUACUGAUCUGUUAGAGGAUCCUCUCAUCUGGCUGUCUGGGAAAAAUAAAAACAGCCCCAAUUACACCUGCAGAAGAGACAGCAAAGCUUUAGCAGGACUCACAGGAACCUCAAGCACAUCUGUUCCAAUCGGGACACUGCUGGACCUCUACCAACUUCCACAGUUCACUUUUGGGGCUUUUGAACCUCUCCUGAGUGACGAUGGAAAGUUUGGGACUGUCUAUCAGAUGGCAGCCAAAGACUCAGAUCUAGCCCUGGCCAUGGUCUCUUUGAUGCUUCAUUUCGGCUGGACCUGGGUGGGACUGUUCAUCACUGAAGACAACUAUGGUGUGUGGUUCCUCUCAGAAUUGAGAGAAGAGAUGUGCAACAGUAGAGUCUGUUUUGCCUUUGAGAACAUGAUCCCUUACAAUGCCUUUACAGAUUACUCAGAUGAUCUAUCCACGUAUUGCCAGCUAAUGGACUCAUCAACCAAUGUGAUUAUCUUUUAUGGGGACAGUAAAUUUCUACUAAGCUUUAUUGUUAAAUUUGGGCACAUUUCAAUUACAAGGAAAGUGUGGGUCAUGAACUCACCCUAUGAUGACAUCACCAUUGGUACCUUGUCAAAUAACUUAGGAAAUAAUUCCCUUCCUAGGUCAUGGAUUCCGUCUGUUUAUAGCCUACUGAUUAAGUCUGACUGCAGAGACUUGGGGUACUGCUCAUACAAUGGCACACUCCAUUGGUUGCUGAGGUAUAUUUUUGACAUGACCAUGUCAGAAGAGAAUUACAACAUCUAUAAUGCUGUGUGGGCCUUGGCCCACGCCCUCCACCAGAUGUUUCUUUGUCACAUGGAGGAGCCACUAGGGCACAAUGGUCAAUCAAGGGCAUUUCUCUCUUCACAGCUGCAUCCCUUUUUGAAGAAGAUCCAAUUUACCAAUCCUGUUGGAGACCAAGUGGUUUUGAAUGAGGAAAGGAAAUUGGAGGCAGAAUAUGACAUUAAGAGCUUUUGGAAUUUUCCAGAAGGUCUGGGACAAAGGGUGAAAGUUGGCGAGUUUUCUCCAUCUAGGCCAUAUGGUCAACAACUGAUUUUGUUUGAAAAUCUGAUAGAGUGGCCCAUAGGAAUUACCAAGACUCCUCAGUCUGUCUGCACUGAGAACUGUGGUUCUGGAUACAGGAAGGCCUCUGUGGAAGGAAAUGCUACCUGUUGCUUUGACUGCAUUCUUUGUCCAGAGAAUGAGAUUUCUAAUGCAGACAGGUGUGCAGAUCAUCAAUUUGCCAACACCCAGAGAAACCACUGCCUCAUGAAAACUGAGGGCUUCCUGGCUUAUGAAGACCCCUUGGGCCUGUCUCUGGUCUGCACGGCUCUCUGCUGCUCUGCACUAACAGCUGCUGUUCUUGGGGGGUUUAUCAAGCACCAAGACACCCCUAUUGUCAAGGCCAAUAACCGGGCACUCAGCUACAUCCUGCUCAUCUCCCUCACCUGCUGCUUCCUCUGCUCCUUGCUCUUCCUUGGCCGUCCCAACACAGCCACCUGCAUCCUGCAGCACACCACAUUCGCAGUGGUCUUCACCGUGGCUGUCUCCACGGUCCCAGCAAAGAUCAUCACUGUGCUUCUGGCCUUCACACUCACUGAUCCAGGGAGAAGCAUGAGACUGUGGCUGUUGUCCGGGGCUCCUAACCUCAUCAUCACCAUCUGCACUCUCAUCCAAGUGACUCUCUGUGGUCUCUGGUUGGGAAUCUCUCCUCCUUUUGUGGACAUAGAUGCACACUCUGUACAUGGCCACAUCAUCAUCCUGUGCAACAUGAGCUCUCUCACCGCUUUCUUCUCUGUCCUGGGAUACCUGGUACAAGAGAAGGAACAGUUCAACCAUUCAGAAGGCUCCUUGAAGAAAUCAGAAUCUGUUGCCUCCUUGUUUGGAGUUGAGGCUCCUUCACUUGCCAUUUAUCUUGUGUUUCUAUGGCUUGUUCUAUCCCACUUGGAAUUGGCAACAGAGCAGCCAAUGAAAAACCUAGAGGAUAGUUCUCAAAAUGCUCUAGAAACACUACUGGCAAUCAUGCUGAAUGAAAAGGGACCGUUUGGUGACAGAGUGCAAGGGAAAGUCUAUAAGGGAAAAAAAUGGGAAUCCAGAGGUGAAAGAAGUUAA